ACGGGCACAAUUGAGCGUGACACACAAAACAAAAAAGUUUCAACCGCUCGGAAGAACUAACGGUACCUGUCGACUAUUCAGGGCCACCUCUGUUUUCAGGUGUGUGGAGAGACAAGUGAAGAGGUAGGAAAUGUCUGAGCUAAGUGACGAAGCCAGUGAAUCAGAGCAACUGGGUGCCAGCCUCUCUCUAUGGCUGGGUGACUCCCUGGUGCGGCCUGAGGAGCUGGAUGUCCCUUUGGACCUCCACACUGCCUGCUCCAUCGGCCAGUACGACGUGGUGGCAGAGUGCAUCAAAAAACGUGAGGUGGACUUGAAUGGCAAGAACGUCGGAGGAUGGACCCCACUGAUGUAUGCAUCGUACAUCGGCCAUGACAACAUUGCAAAUCUCCUGCUCGAGGCAGGUGUGAAUGUAAAUGCCACAACUGCCAAAGGAUUAACCCCCUUGAUGCUGGCAGCGAGCUGUGGGAAUGAAAGUAUCGCAUACUUCCUGCUUCAGCAAGGUGCUGAGUUGGAGCUGAAGGACUCUCGAGGCUGGACCGCUCUGUUCCACUGCACAAGCACCGGCCACCAGCAGAUGGUCAGGUUCCUGCUGGAUAACAAUGCUGACGCCAAUGUCAAGGAGCCAGGGUCUGGUUUCACUCCCCUGAUGGAGGCUGCUGCUUCUGGACAUGAAAUCAUUGUUCAGUACCUGCUUGAUCAUAAAGUUAAAGUAGAGGACCGCAACGCUAAAGGAGAGACUGCCCGUGCCCUGGCUAUGAUGUACGGAUAUACCAAGAUCGUCAGCCUUAUUGACUCACGUUCUCCAAGGAUCAAACCAGGACAUUUUGAAGACCUGAGCUCCUCAGAGGACUCGGACAGUGCACCCCCACGGAUAAGGCCAAGUCGAAGCCGAGCUAAAGGCGUUAGCAUCCAUGAUGGGCCCCAGGCCAUCGCCAAGUUCCGAGUAGGAGGCACCAGCAAACUGUGUGAGCCUCCUGUAGCUCCACCAGGCUACAUGACAUUUCGUGACAUCGGUGAAAAGAGUGAGGGCAUCUGCUACCGUGACGUGACAUCACCCAUCAAUGAGCUGGAUGGCCAGAGCAACAGCAGCAGAGAUGACAGCCCAUUCUUCGACAAUGACAUGCCCACCAUGAGGAGCAGCAGCAGCAGCAGUGAAGGCUUGCCUCAUGUGAUUGGCCUCAACUGGGAAGGCUCAGUGGAGAGUAAUGAGGACUCUGACCAAUGCAAAAAGAGCAGCUCUCGGAGGGUAAAUAAGAGCCAUCACUCAAAAGGCAAGAGUCGCCAUGGAAGCAGCGAUGCAGCUCACUCCAGCGUUACAGGGAACUGUGGGAUGCUCUCACAUGCUGGUCUUCCACCCUCCUACACUGGUCCAAAGGAUCUGGCAGAGUUCUUGGAACAAAUUGGCUUCUCUAAGUAUCUCCCCGUACUUGAGGAGCAAGACAUUGAUCUGCGGAUAUUUCUCACCCUGACUGAAAAUGAUCUCAAAGAAAUAGGGAUCACCUUGUUUGGACCCAAGCGUAAGAUGACCUCGGCGAUUGCACGGUGGCACAGCAGCGCUCGACCACCCAGCGACGCUCUGGAACAGGCUUAUGCUGACCAGCUUGAGGCGGAGAUGCAGGAGAUGGCCAUUCAACUACACAAGCGCUGUGAGGAGGCGGAGGGUCUACAGAGCCAGGUGUCUCAGGAGAAGGAGCUGCGCACCGUGAUGGAGGGAUGUCUAAUGGAGGAUAAGAUGGCAUGGAGAAGGGUCCACGCUGAGCUGGUGGAGAACCAUCGGCUGGCUCAGGACAUGAGCGCCACACUGGCGAAGUCCAGGACCUGUUGUGGUGACCUGCUCUCCUUUUUGACUACUGAUGGGAAUAGCAGCUCUUUUACUGGUGUGGAAGAUAAAACAAAGGGUGACAAUGGUGUUAAAGCUGGGGAGGGACUCACACGUGUUACAGAGCUACUAAAGAAGCUGGACUCCUAUGAAGAAGAGCUGGCUGGGACCCUGCAAACUGUGCUUCAGAGUCUGAGGCGACUGAGUGCCCCCGAAAAAGUCUCAGAUAGCUGGGAACGGCCUUAACCUUCACAGAGGCUUUUUGCCAAUAUUCGACGGAGGGUGAUCUAACCACCCUGAACAAUCUCACUGACAUGAGAGAAGGCAAGGCCAGCCCUGCCGGACCACUGCAGCUCGGGGAGGGAAUAAGCUGACCUGCUGCUCCUCCGGGAUUGGCGGAUGGACCAGAGCUCGCCAGAUGCGGAUAAGGCCAAGGGUGACGGCGGUUACUGCAGAGAAACGACAAACAGGCAGGAAGGGUACCUGACCCUCACACGCUUGUGCUGGUGUAAACUGAACUCCAGUAGCUGGGUUGGGAAAAUGCAGAGAGGAGGAGAGAGUGGACGCGGAUCAGAGGCUGUGAUACUGUGAAAUGUUUUUAAAAGGCCAUUCUCUCGCCCUGUAUGAAAUGUGGGUUAAGUUAUCUUCACAUCACAAGCUGAAACAUUUCUUAAAGGUAGUCAAAGUUAAAAGAUAUUCUGCAGAGUUAUACUUUAUCUGAAUGAAAUCUUAUUUGUAUGCUGUUUGAAAAUGAUGUCCUGCUGAAUGCAUUUUUAGUUAUUCAUUUACAGUAAUACAUUACGUUACAGCAGAUUUCUCAGUGGUGCAAUGAAAUGGUUAGUGUGUCAUUCAGUAGAUUCACUGCGUGGCUUCCUAAAUGUGAUCUUGGACAUGAAUUAAAACCUUGUUGCCCGAAAGUUGACGGUGGACACUUGAAUUCUGGGUCAUUUUCCUCUUCUGUUUUUACAUAUACUCUGAUAUUGGUGCUCCACGUCAGUGUAAUGAAGACAGCUUGAUGAUUGCGCUUCGUAUUUUUGUCUACAAACAGAUAAUGAAGUAUCAAAAAUACAAAUUUCAUGACAGAAGGGAGAAUAUCUGCAAAUUUAUUGGCGGUCCCAUAGUUGAGAAUGUAUGUCAGCAGAGCCAGGGGAAACACAUUGUGGACAAAAUUAUCCAAACAGUAAACAGAACAAAAUAAAUACCCACCAGCCGUGUAGUCUUUUGGGAGAUAUUCCAUGAUCAGUUGAUUUCAGAGGUCAAGUAGCGUGAAAAUGUAGUCAACAGCAUGCAUUAGGACAUCAUAAAUAAAUAAAGGUGGAAGGAACAGUUUCACUGGGGCUUUAGAAAACUAGAUUUUUAUGUGUUUUGGUCUAUCUGCAUAUCCGAGGCGUGAUCAGGAAACAUUUUCUCCCAGACCUUAAUUUGGAAUCCUGUUAAAUGUUCCUACUUUUUCAGAAGCAGCUGAAAAACUGAUAAAUUAUUCAUGACUCUGUGCCAAUUUGUGGUGCCGAGAUGAAUUCCCAAUGCAUAAAGUUUAUGCUCAGGUAGACUUGUGCAUCAUUAAUAUUUUACACUUUCAGAUUUGCUGAACAUUUGUCAGGUUUUUUUUGCUUAUAUAACCUUUAAAUGGGAAUUGUGGUGCUCCGUCAGCUCGGCAUUACUUCAGCAGAUGUGUGGAACAUAUUGAGACGUUCACAAAUUAUAGUCUGUCUCUUAAAUAAACACU